AUGACCCCACCACUCCAACCUUCCCAUCCCGACGACCUGGCGAACUACGGGGUCGAAAUCGGAUGGAGGGUGGCGUACUGGGACGAGGAAGCCAAGGAAAUGAAGCAAGGGGUGUUGUGGGAUAUAUGGCGCAGGCCGGAUGUUCACAGACCAGCAGCGCUGGUAAAAGAAACCCUGGAGGAUAUUGUUGCGUCAGUAGUUCCAAUCGACCUCCUUACUCUGGACUCCACAUUUAUCCAUGUAACCAAAAACAGGGAGGCAAGCCGGGGUUGUGGGCGUGGAAAGGGGAUGGAGUGGCGUGUACUGUUCGUUUCCAAUCUUAUAGUAGCAUGGGAGAACCCGCGUAUCAUUUCGGGUUUGGAGCCGAGCGCAACACCAUUUUCCCCCCGGGCGUCCACGCGCUUCUGUGCAUAUGUUAACCGAGCACAAGUGAAUUAUUACCCACCUCCACUAGUCCACCAGUUGUCAGGCGGACUCUUUGAUCCCGCUCGACGAUUCUUCCACACUCCCCACCUCGUUCCAUCCAUAUUCGAGCCAACCGAUUGUGUCCAAGAAUACUAUCGGCAACACACCUCGUCCGUUCCUUCGGUAUCCGGUAUGGUUCGAACGAUCGGCUGCUGA